AGACCCUCGAACCCGAACUCGGAACUCAUAAAAGCAUUACCAUGGCGGCUCGUCGAAUCUCUUGGAAACGCCCGCCAUAGAGCAGUAAAACAAUGGCGUCUCUCCUCCUCCGCGGCCUCCGGUCUGCGGGGCGGCGCGCCUUCGCCUACAAUUCUACCCCUUCACCGGUGGUGUUUCCCUUACAUCGCUGGCACUUUGCCUCCCCUUCACCUUUCCGUCACUUUUCCGCCGCUUCUGUUUCACCGGUGUUUACCGCCGACGCUGCCUCCGCCGGGAGUUCCCUUGAUCCUAGUCGUCUGAGGAACGUUGCGGUCAUAGCACACGUAGAUCAUGGCAAGACGACUCUCAUGGACCGAUUGCUCCGUCAGUGUGGCGCCGACAUCCCCCACGAGCGUGCCAUGGAUUCUAUUAGCUUAGAGCGCGAGCGGGGAAUCACUAUUGCGUCUAAGGUUACUUCAAUUACAUGGAAUGACAUUGAACUCAACAUGGUUGAUACUCCUGGCCAUGCCGAUUUUGGUGGGGAAGUUGAACGAGUUGUUGGGAUGGUUGAAGGUGCUGUGUUAGUUGUUGAUGCAGGGGAGGGCCCACUUGCACAAACAAAAUUUGUUCUUGCAAAAGCUUUGAAGUACGGACUACGCCCUAUUCUCCUUCUGAACAAAGUUGACAGACCCUCAGUUUCCGAGGAGACUUGCAAUGAGGUUGAGAGCUUGGUCUUUGAUCUAUUUGCAAAUCUUGGUGCUACAGAGGAACAGCUGGAUUUUCCUGUUCUUUAUGCGUCUGCCAAAGAGGGAUGGGCUUCUUUGACAUAUACAAAAACUCCGGCUGAUGAUAAUAGAAAUAUGUCAGCUUUGCUGAAUGCCAUUAUACAGCAUGUUCCUUCUCCCUCUGCAAAUUUGGAUGCUCCUUUCCAGAUGCUGGUCUCGAUGAUGGAGCGUGAUUUUUAUCUAGGCCGAAUAUUAACUGGACGUGUGUCAUCAGGAGUGAUACAUGUUGGAGAUAGGAUACAUGGGCUCCGUUGUACAAGUGGAGUUGAGAAAAUUGAUGAAGGCAAGGUUACUAAACUUAUGAAAAAGAAGGGCACAAAUGUUGUUCCCAUUGACAGCGCCGGGGCUGGUGAUAUAAUUUCUAUUGCCGGUCUUGCAAGUCCAUCAAUUGGCCACACAGUGGCAAAUGUUGAGGUGAUGACUGCAUUGCCAACUGUCGAGUUAGAUCCGCCAACAAUUUCCAUGACGUUCAGUGUUAAUGAUUCUCCAUUAGCUGGUCACGACGGGACUCAUUUAACUGGAGGAAAAAUAGGUGACCGCUUGGUGGCUGAAGCUGAAACAAAUCUUGCUAUAAAUGUUAUUCCGGGUGCAUCUGAGUCCUUUGAAGUUCAAGGGAGAGGGGAGCUACAAUUAGGUAUUUUAAUUGAAAACAUGAGGCGUGAAGGAUUUGAGUUGUCUGUUUCGCCUCCAAGGGUCAUGUAUAAAACUGAGAAUGGUGAAAAGCUAGAGCCUGUAGAGGAAGUGACAAUUGAGGUAAAUGAAGAGCAUGUUGGCCUCGUCAUGGAGGCCCUUUCACAUAGGAGAGGUGAGGUGGUUGACAUGGGUCCUGUUCCAGGGAAUGUUGGUAGAACCAGAAUGUCACUUACAUGCCCCUCUAGGGGCUUAGUUGGAUAUAGAAGUGUAUUCAGCACCGAUACCCGUGGAAGUGGAUUUAUGCAUCGUGCUUUUCUUAAAUAUUCCAAGUACAAGGGACCACUUGGAAAUGUCAGGAAAGGUGUAUUGGUGUCAGUUGGUCGUGGACUUAUUACUGCUCAUGCCCUCACAAGUUUGGAGGCUCGAGGCACUCUCUUUGUGUCUCCUGGAAUGGAGACGUAUGAUGGAAUGAUAGUUGGUGAGAAUUCAAGGGAUGCUGAUCUUGAUGUAAAUCCUGUAAGAACAAAAGAACUUACAAACAUCAGAGCUCCUGGAAAAGAUGAAAAUGUUCGAUUAUCACCACCUCGCUUGAUGACUCUGGAGGAAGCAAUUGGAUAUGUCGCCUCUGAUGAGUUCAUUGAGGUUACCCCUAAGGUUAUACGACUAAGAAAAAGAUAUCUUGAUGCCAACAGAAGGAAGAUGAUGAGAAAUAAACCUAAAGAUUGAGAUGAUUCCUCAUUGUAACAAUAGAUUUUUUUACUUUCUCCUGCCGCACUAAGGUUUUGUUUGGGACAGUUUCUUUGUUGCUUUCUGAAACGGCUU